UUGUUUUGAAUUAUCGUAUUAUCAAUAUUCGUAUAUAUUUCGAUAAGCAGUGGAUUGGAUCUGAUCAUUACUUCGAAAAUCUGUAUCAUGUAGAAACAACACAUAACUUAUACUGUAUAGCUUGUGUGACGGCAAGAUGCAAUUUCCAAAACAUGGAAUUAUUUACAGUACAACAGGAAGUGAAAAACAUUCGGCGAUUAUAUUUUCGAACGGUUUAAUACUUACAACAGGACUCAUUCUUCUACAACAGCCAAAUUACAAAGAUUUUUAUAGGCUAUUUGAUUUCGAUUUCGCGAAUAUCGGCAAAAUUGUAGAACUGCAAAAUUUACAAACAGUCAAUUUUAAAAUAGUCAUUGACAAUGGUUAUAACGCAUUAAUCGAAAAAAACGCACGAAUUUCGUUUUCGUUAUAUUCCAAAAACUGUGAACAAACUCUAAGAACCAAAUUCAAUGGUCUGAAGUUUUUACUUGACGGCAACUACAAGUACAUAAUCGAAUUCCGGCAAUAUUUUUCGACUUUUCUAUUGUUACAAUAUACUGACGUAAAAUUGUCAACUGAAGAAGUGAGAAAUCACUUUGAAUGUUUGAUGAUUAAUACGCAGAGUGAUUUGAAUAUUUUGGAUGAAAUAGUUUGUGUAAACUCUCCUUUCGGCAAUGAACAUUUCAUAAACAGUGCUACCUAUGGGCAUGUUGCAAACAUAUUCGGUCCUAAUAACUGCCUUAGUUUGUUGAACGUUCCUAUCGCAUUCGGAUGCGAAGGAGGGGCGGUAUACGACAAACAAUUAUGCCUAAGAAGCAUGCUGCUUGGUUCCUGCUUUAACUAUCAGGGAGAUAACGUGUCUUUUCCACUGGCCAUAAACCUCACUGAGAUAUACAACAUUUUGUUUGGGAAAAGUUCAUCAAUUAAUCGAACAGAUAAAAGAUUGCAAAAGAUGACUUCAUCUGUGUGCUUGGUAGAUUCUAUGAACUCUUGGGGAACAGGCUGUUUAUUCGAAAUGGAUGGUACCAAUUUUAUGCUCACUUGCUCGCAUGUCUUAGGAAGUGACAAUGUUUUUGGAUACACGAAGGACUGUGAGCUUGAACUAGAACUCUUGUUUAAAAAUCAAAUAUACGACAGUGCAUAUGAUGUUGCUCUUUUUGUGGUAGGCAAUAAUUUUGACCUCGAUCGACAGGUUUCCAAACUAGCACACUACACACCUAGCGUCGGACAGAUAGUAUACUCCGUUGGCUUUCCUUUGUUCAAAGUAUUUGGUUCGAUAAAUACUUUUAAACCCAGCAUCUACAAAGGGCGGAUUACAAAACAUUCGAAAGGUGUCAUCGUUACCGAUUGUCCUGUACAGGCAGGCCAAAGUGGUGGUCCGAUUUUUGAUUUUCAAGGAAACUUAUUAGCUUUGAUGGUUUCUAAUUUUAAAAGUACAUAUGACUGCAAAGUUUAUCCUCAUUAUAACAUGUGCAUUCCGAUUUGUGAUAUCUAUGAAAUAUUGAAGGAAUAUAGUGAAAGUAAUGAUCCAGUCGUUUUGAAACAACUGCAUGCCAGUAGGGAUAUCGUUAACAAAUGGAAAUUGCAAAAUAUUAGGAUUAUCAGUAAGAUAUGAGGAAUAUGGGCAGGAAGCAAGAUACGAGUUAGAUAAUUGUUUGUUUUUAGCUGGUACUUCAAAACGUAAUACAGUUUAUAAUUUUAGAAGAAUGUGUACAACAAUAAAGAAAAUCUAUUUUUUACAAAA